GCGUGAUCCGGUACAAAAGAAAUCCGGUUCUUUCUUUUCCAGAACCAUCAUGAGUCCGUACAGGGACUACAAAUUCAGCAGCAUGUCAUUUUCGGACGAAAAUGAAAAUAACAGCCGACGCCGUAUAACCAUGGAGGCCGAUGUGAUAGACACCCUCAACGCCAGCUCAGCUGCCGUGCGCCUGCAUCACGUGCACCAUGUGAAUCCGGACCAUCAUGGCAGCGGAUUCCUGGCCAUGAAUUGCAUGCGACAGAACAGGCAGCUAUGUGACGUCAGUCUGCACGCCGGAAAUGAUGUCAUCUUGGCGCACAAGGUGGUGCUCGCCUCCUGCAGCGCUUAUUUUCUAGCAAUGUUUAAUUGUGAUAUGUCAGAAAAAAAUAAAUCCUCCAUUACCAUGCACGAUGUAGAUCCUUCAGCUUUGCAGCUUCUAGUUGAUUUCGCGUACACUGGAGAAGUACUUAUCUCGGAAGACAAUGUACAGGUUUUACUUCCCGUUGCAAGCCUUCUGCAAGUCCAGAGUGUCCGGGAAGCAUGCUGCAAGUUCCUUCUACGGCAGCUCCACCCCUCCAACUGCCUGGGAAUUCGAAGUUUCGCGGAUGCUCACUCGUGUGACGAACUUCACAGGAAAUCCCACAAAUAUGCCCUGCAAAAUUUCCAAGAAGUGGCCCUCACGGAAGAAUUUCUUUUACUGCCCUUUUGUGAGGUUCGUGAUUUAAUCGCUAGUGAUCAAUUGAAUGUUGUAUCCGAAGAAGUUGUCUACAAAUCCAUCGUCACGUGGAUCCGACAUGAUGCGUCGACGAGGGAAAGGUAUCUCGGGAAGCUCCUGUACCAUGUGCGGCUACCUUUGACCGGAAGAGAUUUCCUCCUCGCUCAGGUGGCAGACGAGCCUUUGCUCCAGAGUAGCGGGGAAGGCAAGGAUCUUCUGAUAGAGGCCAUGAAGUACCACCUGCUUCCAGAACAGAGGAACAACAUGGUGUCCGUCAGAACAACGCACAGGAAGCCGGAGGGUCUAAGGCCUUAUCUCUUCGCAAUAGGCCCAAGUGUUUUUGCGAAUUUCAAAAAUAAGCAGAUUCUUCCGAUUGCAGGUGGUGGAUCCCUCUUUGCCAUCCACUGCGAAUGUGAAUACUACAACCCCAGAACUGACCGUUGGUCUCCGAUCGCCUCCACGUCCCAUAGAAGGUCGAGGGCUGGUGUGGCCGGUGUUGGAAGACUGGUUUAUGCUGUCGGAGGUUACGACGGCUCGAAGGACUUGUCUUCCGUGGAGUGCUACAACCCUCUGACGAACAAGUGGUCGCCAGUUCCUCCCAUGGGAACGAAGAGAAGCUGCCUCGGCGUUGCCUCCCUCAACGGACUUCUCUACGUGGCCGGGGGUUACGACGGAGCGUCCUGUCUGAAUAGUGUCGAGAGAUACGAUCCACUGGUCACCACGUGGUCGUCGGUCAUUGCCAUGGAAACGAGGAGGAGAUACUGCAGGAUGGGAGUGUUAGAUGGCGCAAUAUAUGCUGUUGGUGGGUACGAUGGAGUUAACUAUGUAUCGUCUGUAGAAAGGCUGGAUCCAAGGGAAGGCAAGUGGCAGCAGAUGCCGCACAUGAUCAACAGGCGCAGCAGCUGCGGAGUCGCUGCCCUGGACGGCAUGCUGUACGUCGUGGGCGGAAACGACGGCAGUCUAUGCAUGUGCAGCGUCGAGAGGUUCGACCCCGUCAAAGGGACGUGGGAGGCGAUGGCCUCCAUGCAUACCAGGAGAACUACUCAUGAAGUUGUUGAGGCAGAAGGCUACCUCUACGCUAUCGGUGGGAACGACGGCAGCUCAAGCCUCAGCACAGUCGAGAGAUACGACCCGAGGCAUAACAAAUGGAUGCUGGUCACUUCCAUGAACCUCAGGCGAAGCAGCAUCGGGGCGACGGUCCUAGAGUGUCAAAAUCUCGAGCGCAUCCUUUCAUCCGAUGGCGCAUAAAACGACCUCACACUUGUACAGAGUAGACAGGAAGAUCAAGUUUUUAUUAAUGUAUAAGAAGUUUCAUGUCAUUCGAAGAACUGUCGGCAAAUGCUUUUUGUUUAUACCAGCGUACCGAAUUUCUUUAUUUAUGGCGGAAGCCGAGAUUUUAAAACAUUUCAUUGCAGCCGUUCAACUGCCGUUAUUUUCUGCAUCGCCACAUGCAAAAUGAAAACCAUGGUUUUCAACAAUUUGCAUUCAUUUCAAGUACCUAAUUCAUUCAUAAAAUCUCAACAGAAGAGAUUAUAAUGCAUCGAUAGCUCACCACAUGAAACGACAACAGUAUUGUUUCCCCUCCCAAAUUAAGGGGAGGAUUAUGUUACACACCGCUAUCGAACAGACUGCUAUCCAUUCAAGUUUGAAAACCUUCAAUUUUCAAGAUACUGCAAAAAGUUCGAUCCUCAAAGAAUGAUUUCACACUGACAAAUUUGAAACAAGGACCAAAUUCAUCUAAAAUGUUCAAGGUUUGCAUAUAAGAUCGCAAUCCUAAGAUAUCCGAUAAAGUUAUCGCUGCAUGAACAUAAUUCAUUUUUUUGAAGUUAAUGUCGAAACACCCAUUUGAUUGAAAGGGCUAGUGAUAUACGUAUUAGUUAAUAUUUCAUGAUACAUCUAAUUAUCAUCUAUAACAUCAAAUAAAUUAGAUUCAUGAAGACUUAAUAGCCACUGGGUUUAAUGACCCUUUUGGACAAUAGGAAACAAAUUUCGGAUGAAGUCUUGUGCUUCUGAUAGCUAUGCAUCAAAGAUGUAAAACCGAUUUUAUUAGAGGAAAGUCUAUGGACACCAUGCAUGUUGUCUAUCUACAAGAAUCGACUCCAACAAUGAGUUGUCGUAGAAACAAUAUUAGUCUAUUUUGAAGUAAUGAUAUUCAGAUGAAACUGAUUUUUGGCAUGCUUAGUAACAAGUAAUAUUCGCUAUAUCAUUCCUACAUGAAAAGUAUAUCUAUUUCUAUAAUCACUGCCAAAGCAGACUUUCUGGCGGGAAUAGUUCUUGCGAUUGGCAAGCAGUGAAACAUGUGUAGUGUUUGAGAUUGUGAUAGCUGCAAGGCAUCUUGAUGGUCUCAUCUUUUGAAUUAUGAGUACAGAAAUGAAGAUAAAUGUGUCAUUUAAUAUGCAAGCGUUAUAAAAUCGAGUUUAGUUUCAAACCUAUAUCGUACAAGAAAAUAUUUGUUUAUCAUUGGAAAAAAAACUUGCGAGUUGCAAAUUUUUAUAUAAUAUAUUGAGAUAAUAAUGUCUCAGUUAAUUUUAUUAUAAAAAUUAAAUAAUACCACUUCAUACUAACCAAAGUUUAAUGAAUUACUGAAGUACACUUUAAAAAAUAUGAAUUUAACCUAAAUAAAUAUCUCUCUCAAAUUUAAUCUCUAUGCAAUCUUGAUAUUAAGUUGGGUAACUGCUCAAAUGUUUUGAGCAAGAUAAUUUCCAAAAUACUCAUUUUAAAGCCAUAAAAAGCAAUACUUACCGAUAUUCGUAAAUUUACUAGUCAAAGUUUAAAAAAAGGAUGGAUUUCUUAGAGAUUUAGAUAGAUAAAUUUUCUAUUGAAAUUUAGAUUUUUAAAAGCAAUUUAAAAUAUUUGAUGUAUUGAAGAUGAAAACAAAUAGGUAGUUUCGUAUGCUACAACAGACAUUCUAUCUUUAAGUCAACCCAUGUAUUUUUUUCUACAAGAGUGCUUAAUGGUGUCUUAAAUAUAGGGUGCUAAGAAAGUGCUAGAUUUCAUUUUAGUGAUUUAACCAAAUCAACGAAUGUAGUAGAUAUAUUUUAAAUUGCAGUUAGGUUUGCUACAUAAUCGUGGAGAAAAGAUAUUAAAAGAAAACAUGUAGAGAUCAUAUUGCAAUUCAAAAUGAAUUGUGACAACUAGACCUAAUAUUUUAUUCAGAAAUAAACACCUUGACCAAAAAGAUUACUUAUUUCAUACUGAAAGUUAUUAAAAUAAUACAAAUGAAGAAUGUCUGCUUACUUUUGAAAUAUGUAAAAAAUGCAUUAUUAAUAUGAAAUGAAAAUUAUUAAUACACUGGAAUCUCGUAAAAUAUUCCGAGUGAUCAAUUCCUUCUGAUUUGAACUUCAACUCAUUGAUUAGACACUGUUUCAUUUGUGCUAAUUCACAUUAAAAAGAAUAAGAAAUGAUAAUAUUUUUCUAGCAUAUGAAAUCAAGGAUUAUGACAGGCAUGCAGACACGUCAUCAAGUGGAUUACAUGAAAACAAAUUGCGAGAGAAACUCAUAAUCUGCAAGAAUGAUUCAAAUGCCAUUUAGAAGACAUUCCUGAUUCAAUGUCCUACAUGUAAAUUACCUUAUACAUGGAAGAAUGAAACAGUUAUCAUCAAUACUUUUUACAAGACUUUUACAAUUAGCCGAGAUAGGAAAGUUUUUAUGGUAAACCUUUUAUUUCUAGUAAUAGUUAUAAAUACAUUCAUUACGAUCAUCCUUUCAUAUUAAAGUCAACAUAAAAAUUUGAUUACAAGAUUAGAAACAAAAGAGUUGAUAAUUCAGUUUUGUGAAUUUUUUUCAAAUUGCUAAUGACACAAUGGAUCAAUUUAAAAGAUUUUGAAAAAUGAAUUCAACUAUAAAUUAGCAGCAGGUUAUUUCUCAUUACAAAUUUCAUUCAUUAAAACAUAUGGGAAAUAUAAAUGUUAACAUUCAAAGCUUUUUCACUGCCAUUUUUUGCUUCUACAUCACAUAUUCAUUGAAAUUUAUAUGCAUUAUGUCUGUUUAUAAUACAAGCACUUGUGUUGCUUGAAAUUGAUAAAAAGUGCAGCUGUUGGCAAAAAGAACUACAUAGAAACAAAAUCUCAACACAUAUGCUAAUCUUUCAGUAA